UGCAUUUUCCCAAUAUAUAAUCACUUUCUUUUGAACAAAAGAUGUGAGUUUUGAAAUCAUGAUCAUUUCAAAUUUCCAAAUGCUCCCUUUUCCUUCUUCGCAAAAUCCCUUGGUUUCAUCCCCAAACCAUGAAACCCUACACCACCUCGAUUCCUUUGGCUCCCAUUCCACCUCUCUCCUUCACAACCUCUCAAUUGUGAAGGAGAAACUCCACCAAAUCCGAUCCGUUGUCAACAUCGUCAUCUGCAACCAUCAAAACUCGCCCGAGUCUCUACCCGCGCUGUCGUCGCCUGUGGCGACGGUAGCCAUCAACUCUAUGGUCCAAGAACUCAUCAUGACUGCUUCCUCCAUGUUGUUCACUUGUCAACAGAUGAACAACCUCGUCGUCAACUCCUCUGUCCGCAACGAUAUUAUCGUCGACGAUCUCCAUCGUCAAGGUCUCGCCGACAACAACCGAUCCACCGCCCUCUUUGACAUGGCGAGCAACCACCCCGACCACAACGAGUGGUAUAACAACAUGACAACGACUUAUAACAACAACAACGACUGCUACAACAAUAGUAGAAUUGAAGAGACGACGACGACGACGACGACAACGAUACAGAAUCAUCGGAUUUCGGCCGAUAUCGUGGAGCUAGAGGCCUCUGAUCUUCUAGCCAAGUACACGCAUUACUGUCGAAUUUGCGGGAAAGGGUUGAAGCGAGACGCAAACCUGAGAAUGCACAUGCGAGCGCACGGGGACGAGUACAAAGCGAGCGGAGCUUUGAGCAACCCGGAGAGGAGCCAAGGGAGGGACUUGAAGGUAACAAAGAUGGGGACCAAAUAUUCAUGCCCACAACAAGGCUGCAGAUGGAACCAAAAGCAUGCCAAGUUUCAGCCAUUGAAGUCACUCAUUUGUGUGAAGAAUCACUACAAGAGAACCCAUUGCCCCAAAAUGUAUGUCUGCAAACUCUGCAGUAGGAAGAAAUUUUCAGUGCUUUCUGAUCUCAGGACUCAUGAGAAGCACUGUGGGGAUGUCAAAUGGCUCUGUUCUUGUGGAACCACAUUUUCAAGGAAGGAUAAGUUGAUGGGUCAUGUUGCUUUGUUCGUCGGUCAUGCUCCGGCGAUCGGUUCAUCGGCGAAUUUUCGGGGCAAAUUUUGACUUGUGAAACCGAAACGAGAAGAGAACAUCAGUAUGUGUUCAUCACUCAAGUGGAUUUUUACUUAGACUAGUUUAUUUGUGUAUAUAUAUAUUAGGCUAAAUAUAUGUUUUAAUCUCGGAUAUCUGAUAUUUGGGUGUUUAAAAAGUUUGAAUUUAGUCUUUUACAUUUUAUGAAUUUUCAUUAUAUUAUACCAAUUUUGUUAGUUAAUAUUAAAAUUAGUUUAUGAUAAACUUCCUGGCAUGAUAUUUUAGGAAAAUAAACUUUUACAUUUUCCCAUCAAGUACAUGUCAGGUAAGUUCAUCAUCAACUG